AUGGGUUUGAUGAGCUGGUUGUGGGAACAACAUCAGUUUUUGAUGCACCAGUGUUUUUCACUUCCAUUCGCAUUUCUGUUUUAUUUCCUUGCUAAACGGGGAUAUCUGUCCUUGACAUACAGGUACCUGUAUGUUUGUCUUGGAGGAUGCGUCCUAGCGGUCUUCACGAUGGGCAUCUACAGCUUGCUCCUGUUCACCUCAACUUUCCUCUUUAUCCUGCUCGUUUGCUCUGUGGAUCCCAGCUCUGUCCACGCCUGGGUGUUUGGUGUCCAGAUGUUGUGGCAAACCUUCUGGCACCUGCUUAUACAGUACAGGGAAUACUACCUGCAUGAGCCUGUCAGCAUCAGAUUGUUUCUGGCAGUGUCCUCUUUGAUGCUGCUCACUCAGAGAGUCACCUCUGUGUCCAUGGACCUCCAGGAAAAACAAGUUACACUAACAUUUAAUUCUUCAUCCAAAAGGAAGACCUGUGUGAUGCUUCUCCCUCUUGUCAGCUACAUCCUCAACUUCACCACACUGUUCGGUGGGCCUUUGUGCUCCUACAGCCGAUUUGUGUCCCUAAUGGCGGGAAUCAGCCUCAACCCUCCACCUAGUCCACUGGGUGUCGUCUCCCUAAAGUUGAUGCAGGUGUUAAUGAUGGAGUUGGUAAGGUAUUGUCUUGUCUAUUUCCUGAAACAUAACACCUAUGAUCCCUCCAGCUGUAUCAUUCUCUAUGGCGUCCUGUGGGUUUGGGGUCUGGCGGCAGUUUUGAGGAUCCAAUAUUAUUCUCACUGGAGGGUCAGUGAAUGCCUCAAUAACGCAGCUGGGUUUGGCUUUUGGGAAAAUUCACCAGGAGACUCCCCAGACUGGAGCGGACUAUCUGAUGGAGAUUUCUGGACCAUUGAAGCGUCGCGCCGUAUGUCACAGUUUGCCCGUCGAUGGAACUCCACGACAGCUUUAUGGCUGCGUAGGCUGGUUUUUACAAGAUGCAAACGUUUCCCACUGUUCAUGACUUUUAGCUUCUCAGCGUGGUGGCAUGGCUGGCAUUUGGGUCACUUUGUGGGAAUUCUGACCUGGGCAGCAACCGUGAAAGCAGAUUAUCACAUACACAGGCACCUGGGCCCAAAACUGUCAUGGAGGAAAACAUACACUUGUAUAAGUUGGAUUAACACUCAAAUGAUUGUGGCUUGUGUUGUUAUAGCAGUAGAAUUAAGAAAUGUGUCUGGUUUGAGACUUUUGUCUGUAACAUACAUAGGUCUGUUUCCACUUUUUAAUGUAAUUCUGCUUUUUAUCUUAUUAAAACUCAACACGAUAUUGAUACACCAGUACCAGCUGCACCUUCUCACUCUCUUUCACUACUACCAGCAGAGGCUGCUGGUGACUUUCUACCGCUCCACCAUUGAAAGCGUGCUGGCAUUCUCCAUCAAUGUGUGGUAUGCUGGCUGCACAGUGGCUGACAGGAAAAGGCUGCAGAGGGUGAUAAGGUCAGCUGAAAAGACAAUUGGCUGUCCCUUGCCCUCCCUGGAUGACAUCACUAGCUCCCAAUGCCUCAUGCGAACAAGGAAGAUCAUUCGCAACCACCUCCAUCCAGGACACAACCUGCUCAGAUUGCUGCCCUCUGGAAAGAGAAACUAG